AUGUGCGAGUCCUCCAGCGAAUCUGAUUUUCAAGUCGACUCCGAUGGAUGUCUGAGAUUCAGGGGUAGAACCAAUGUUCCUAGAGACACCGAGUUGAUUCGAAAUAUUUUGCAAGAAGCACAUGAUAGUAGUAUGUAUAUUCACCCGGGGAGUACAAAGAUGUACAAUGACUUGAAGGAAACUUAUUGGUGGAACGUGGAAAUGGGAUCGAGUUACUAUGGAUUUUGUAACCGGAUUACUAGUGACUCCGAAGAAAAGGAUGCUAUUUGGAUUGUUAGACUUCACGGUGUACCUUUGUCGAUCAUUUCAAAUAGAGACCAGAAGUUCACAUCUCGAUUUUGGAAAAAGUUGCAAGUGGCUUUGGGUACAAAACUGAAUUUAAGUACUACUUUCCACCCGCAGACCGAUGGACAAUCCCAGAGAAUAAUUCAGACACUUGAGGAUAUGCUUCAAUGUUGUGUUCUUGAGUUUAGAGGUAGUUGGGAAGCUUAUUUGCCUUUGGUCGAGUUCGCUUACAACAACAUCUAUUAG